AAAAAAAUUAGCUCAGCAGUACAGUGUAAAGAUAUUAUAAAAUACAAAUAAUAACGUGUAUAUAAUUUAAAAGCUUACUAAACUAUUUCUCAGUUAGUUACUUACUAAAAUAAUUGAUUGCAAUUUAUGUUUCAGAUCAAGCUACCAUUACGCAGUUAUUGGACAGCAUCCCUGAUUGUGAUCCAAUGUUUUGUCCAAAUAUUUGUGGUCAUUCUUAUAAAGGAAAAUAUCGCAAACACAAUCUUAAACGCCAUAUGAUGUUAUCUUGUAGAGUUCACGCACAAUUUGAAUGUACAUUUUGCCAAAAACGAUUUAGGUCAAAUCAAAUAUUAAAGGUUCAUUUAGCCUAUAUCCAUAACAUAAUUAAGAAUUCAUAAACAAAAUAUAAAUGAUUAAGUAAAAACAUUUUUUGAGAGUAAAAUUUUUGUUUUGAAUUUAAAUAUAUUGUAUAAAUCAUUUUAAAAUAGUACUUAAAUGUUCGAUGGCUUGUUUGUUUAGUCAUCACAAGACGUGCCCUCACGUAUUAAAUACGCAAAAGCACGGUACAAAUAAAACGUUGUACAUAUUAGCACUGUAGCAUUCUAAAUUCAAUAUGUUUUGUCAAUGGUAUAAAAUAAUGUAAAUAUUAUUUUUUCAGACAAUUACACAAAUCAGAUUUUUGGAAAAGAUUCAUUGUCUUGUCCAAAUGGUUGUGGCCGAUUGUACAGAGGUACAAACCGUAAAAACAAUCUCAAACGGCAUAUGUAUUAUGUAGGGAUGGGCGGAUACUAGAACCGAUACUAGAUAUCGGCCGAUAUCGGUGAUAUCGGUGAUAUCGGUUUAUGGGUAUCGGUUUUUUUUCAAAACUGAUAUUUCAACCGAUACCAAAAAAAAAACCUAUCGAUCAGCAUAGUAUUGAUAGUAUCAUAAUUCACAAAUGCACAGGUUAGGUUAUUAAUAAAUACUAUUAUCAAAUACUAUUGAUUAUUUUAUAAUAAUCAAUGUUUUCACUUUUCUAGGGAAUAUUAUUUGUGUUAUCGGGUAUCGGUUUUAUGGUGGUAUCGGCUCAUGUUUUUUUUUGUCAAAAAUGUUGUUUUAACAUUUCCAUAUAUUAUCGGGUAUCGGUUUUAUAUCGGCAGCAUAUAUCGGAAUAUCGGAUAUCGGUAAUAAGUGGUAUCGGCCCAUCCCUAGUAUUAUGCAUGUGGCGUUAGUCCAAAAUUUCAAUGUAAAUUUUGCGGAAAACAAUUCAGGCAUAAACGAUCAUUACAGUAUCGUUUAGCCACUGUUCAUCAAGAAAAUAUAGUUUAAGAAAUAUGUUUUUGUAAAACAAAAGUUGUAUUUGGAGUUUUAAUUUAAAAGAAAGAAUGUAAUUUUAUUUACAGGUUAUGAGGAUAAUAUUAAUGUUGUCUUAGUUAUUAAAACCAGUGUUGAUUUCAGAACUUCUAUCCCGGAGGGAAGGGGAAUAUUUCGUGGUGGUAUUACCCCUCCACUGUCUACCCUCCAGACACCCUCUGAAAUAAACCCUGAUUGAAACGAAAACCCAAUUAUAAAAAUGUAAUUCAAAAUUAAUCAAUCCUAUAAUAACCCACAUAUAAAUAGGUGAAUAGCAAAUUAAAACCAAAUUAGUAUCAUCAAUAUAUAAUUAACUAUAUUUUGUUGAUGACAUAAAAUAAUUUUAGUAUUUUAUUUUCAGUUACGGUCUGGAAUCAGAAUAUUGAAAAAUAUCGUGUGUUUUGUCCAAAUAAUGGCUGUGGCCGAUCGUAUAUCGGGAAAAACUGCACAAACAAUCUAAAAAAACAUUUGAAGUUUAUGUGUGGCAUUGAUCCACAAUUUUGUUGUUCAUUUUGCGGAAAACAAUUCAGGUCUAAACAAUCGUUACAGUAUCACAUAUCCAGUGUUCAUCAAAAAAUUAUACUUUAAAAAAUAUAUUUUUGUAAAAUAAACUUUGUAAUUGUAAUUGUAAUUUAUUAUUUCAAUUGAAUUAAUAUAUUAAGUAUAACUACCAAUGUUUUGGAUAUACUGACAUAUGCAAAAGAGGCGUAUUUAAGUUUUUCAAAAAGAAAUAAUAGCAUUUUAUUAAAAGGUUAGGUAUAAGGAUAAUGCAUAUAACGGUCGUUUUUAUAGUUAUUGAAACAAAAGCAAAAUUAUAUUGUACAUUUUGCUGAAAACAAAUCAGAUAAAACAUAUUGUUAUAGUAUUAUUUGGUUUUUGUAUUUUGUCAAUAAUUUAAAAUAAUUUAAAUAUUAUAUUUUCAGUAAAUGACAUGAAUCAGGCUUUUGGAGAAGAUUCCUUAUUUUGUCCAAGUGGUUGUGGCCGAUCGUACAAAGUAAAUUACAAUAUGAAUCAGGCUUUUGAAGAAGAUUCCUUAUUUUGUCCAAGUGGUUGUGGCCGAUCGUACAAAGUUAAUUACAUGAAUCAGGCUUUUGGAUAAGAUCCAUUGUCUUGUCCAAGUGGUUGUGGUCGUUCUUACAAAGGAAGACACCGCAAAUACAAUCUUAAAUAUCAUUUGAAGAAUGAUUGUGGUGUAACUAAACCACAAUUUUAUUGUACAUUUUGCAAAAAACAAUUCUGGCAUAAGCGCUCGUUAACGUUUCAUUUGACCUCUGUUCAUCAAGAAAAUAAACUUUAAAAAAUAUAUUUUUGUAAAUUAAACUUAGUAUUUAUGAUUUAAAUUUAUAAAUUAAAUUGUAUUUAAAUUAUUAAUUGGGUGUGUAACGUCCCCUCUUCACCGGGCGUUCGUCUCUCGAACCCUACAGAUUGAAGUUCUGUUUUAUUUUUACGAGGUCUCGGGGACUCGACCUCGGUGUGUAAUAUUAAUACUAAGAGAUCAGGGUUACCUUAUUGAAGUAAGCACAUAGGUAUAAUAUAAAUAAAUAUGUAAUAUAAUAUAGGACAGAUACAUACAGUAUACAUAUAAGGGUUUACCGAUCCGGGUAGAUGAUGACGUGCCGUGAGUGUGGAUCGUUGAUGGGGCCGUCGGAUCGUCGCGGAGUCGAUGUUGCUGUUGUCGUUGGUCGCACACUUUUCUCACACACUGCCUCGGUCAUAAUUAUUAUAUACACCGCUGUCGCGUGCCUAAAACCCUUUGUCAACAGUCAGCUGCGAUCGCUAUUCCUCACACUCAGCAUAUUAGGCAGCGGGUGCCCUACUUAAGGAAUAAUGUACGAUGCCGAUAGACGGCAAUCGUUACAGGUGUAUAAUACUUAUGUAGUUAUGUUUAGGAAAUAUCGUUGGCCUUGGCUUCAAAAUUAGAAUAUUUAUAUUAUACAAAGAACGAAUUUAUUUAAAUGUCAUAAGGAUAGAAUAUAUUGAUUGUAACAAUAAUUGAAAAAAAGGUAGUAGGUAAGUUGAGUCCCGAAAAAAGGUGGUAUGUAAAUUAAGUCCUGUAAAAAAAUGUUAGUAGUUACGUUCGUUCCAAUUUUUUAGUUAUAGUAAGUACAAUUUUAUA